CCGCCAGGACUUGGGACGCGCCCCCAGCGCCGGGCGCCCCAGCACUCGGGACCGCACGCCCUCCCGCUCGCGCUCACAGUCACACUCACACACGCAGCCACACCUGCAUUGCCUUUCACCGCGCGCGCGCUCACACUCCCUCGUGCACUCACAGGUGCACUUUCACCCUCUCACACUCACACCCCACAACCCCGCUCUGGUCCGCUUACCCUGCGGGGGCGCAGGCACCGUCCGCGACAGCGCUGAGAGCACACACGGCUUCUCCAUGGCCGAUCUGAGCUUCAUCGAAGAUUCCGUCGCCUUCCCGGAGAAAGAGGAGGAUGAGGAGGAAGAGGAAGAGGGUGUGGAGUGGGGCUACGAAGAAGGUGUUGAAUGGGGCUUGGUGUUUCCCGAGGCUAAUGGGGAGUACCAGUCUCCCAUCAACCUGAAUUCCAGGGAAGCCAGAUAUGACCCCUCACUGCUGGACGUCCGCCUCUCGCCCAACUAUGUAGUCUGUCGGGACUGUGAAGUCACCAACGAUGGACACACCAUUCAGGUUAUCCUGAAGUCAAAAUCAGUUCUGUCGGGAGGUCCGUUGCCUCAAGGUCAUGAAUUUGAACUGUAUGAAGUUAGAUUUCACUGGGGAAGAGAAAACCAGCGUGGUUCUGAGCACACUGUUAAUUUCAAAGCUUUUCCCAUGGAGUUGCAUCUGAUCCACUGGAACUCCACCUUGUUUGGCAGUAUCGAUGAGGCUGUGGGAAAGCCGCAUGGGAUCGCCAUCAUUGCUUUGUUUGUUCAGAUAGGAAAAGAACAUGUAGGCCUAAAGGCUGUGACUGAAAUCCUUCAGGAUAUUCAAUACAAGGGGAAGUCCAAAAUAAUACCCUGCUUUAAUCCUAACACUUUGUUACCAGACCCUCUGCUGCGCGAUUACUGGGUGUACGAAGGCUCGCUCACCAUCCCGCCUUGCAGUGAAGGCGUCACCUGGAUAUUAUUCCGAUACCCUUUAACUAUAUCCCAGCUACAGAUUGAAGAAUUUCGAAGGCUGAGGACACACGUGAAAGGGGCAGAACUUGUGGAGGGCUGUGAUGGGAUUUUGGGAGACAAUUUUAGACCCACGCAGCCACUUAGUGACAGAGUCAUCAGAGCUGCAUUUCAAUAGCCUAAAAGAACAGGAACAAGCCCGCCUUGACCCCCGGGAGGAAGACAGUGGUCGUAUAGUGCCCUUGGAUGAGAAAUGGAUACUUCUGAGCUGCAGCUCCGGCUUUUCCUGAAAGCCUGCAUUGUUUCUCUUCAUCUAAUCCAGCUCUGAUGGACAUCAGUGGCAGUUGCCUGUACAAUGCUCUAAUGAAAUAUUGGAAAUGGCUGUACAUUCUGGAGAAACUCUGUAUUAUAUAUCCACAUCACUGCUGGUAGUAUUCAUAGUUUUGCACACACUGUUUAUUGCUUACAUGUAGAAGAAAUGAAACUAGGUUUCAGAGUUGUUAUUAAUAUGAAUAUAUAUCAUGUAGUAAUGUCGAGACAGGAAAAAUACAUUUUCAGCAUUAGCAGUCCUUCAUUUCCUGUCUCCAGCAGAAAAUUCACUCCUUUGGAGAAUAAUGUAAUUCCUGAUAAUAAAAUAAGAGUUUUGAUCAAGAACAGCGUACAGCUUCAAAGUGGAAUGUAAAGGAUUAGUAAAAAUCGUAUCUCAUGUUAUUUUUCAGCCCCUGUACCAUAAUUGAUGCCUGGCUGGUUUGUUAUUAUGGAAAACAGUUGGGAAGUUAAUGCAAAAACAUAAUACUCACUUUAUAUAUUACUUUCUUAGUAAAAGGAUUUAUUUGAAGAUAUGAUUGUAAUCAUUUAUUUGAUAUAUUAGAUGCUGCAGUUUCUAGGACACGAUAGCAACAUAAAUUUAAUGGUAUCCCUGUAAUAAUUUAGUAUUGUACAUUUUGUAAGACUUCAAAAUAUUUUGUUCUGUGGAUUUCAUGUUUUCAGUAUAUUGAGAUGUUUCUUUCCAAGAUGACCAACAAUAUCUUUAUUUUAAUUAAUUUUAAGCGCUACUGACAAAUUCAAGCAUAUGCUUAUAUACAGUUAAGUGUGACAGAAUGUGAUAAUGUGUGUAAAACAGUAGAGUGCCUGGUGCAAAACAAGUUACUUAAUAAAUAUUUGUUGUUAUAAUUACUGUUGUAAAACUAUUAACUUCAAUAACAUACUCCCGAUGUGGAGGGAUUUGCGUGAUGCAAAAUAUCUAAGUUACAACAGAAAUAAUAAAGGUGGAACAGGCAUGUGCUGAGAAAUUUUAGAGGUGGUGGGUAGAGGUUGUAAUAAUGACAACAUUAAAUUCAGAUAAAAAUCACACCAAGUGUCCUUGAAAUCAGAACUGGGUGGCAGGUUCAUGGUGGAGCCUGGGGCUGGGAGAGAAAUCGCGAGGGCUCUGGCAGAGUGAGGGGCAGCAAAGUCUCGUGAAGGACUGGGUGCCUGGCUGCCUGGACCACAUCAGGGCGGCGUCAGGCAGAGCUCUGAGAGGCAGAGGCAAGCCCUGCAUUCUUCCUUCCAGUGUUCCUUGUAUGUGUACAGACGUGAAGAAAUGACAAUGCAUGGUUACAAAAACUGUGGCAUAUAUAAACAUUGAUAUCUGAAAGAACUGAUAAACCACUCAUUUAGCACCGGCUGCAGGUGUAGCCUCAUUUGCAGUCCACAUCAAAAAAACUCUGAAGCUUUUCAUGAAGGACAAGCCAAAUGGCACUGCCCUACUCCUUGGGCUGACCCCAUGUUCAGGCCCUGGACCCAAAUGGCUCACAGGCACCUGGCUUCUCUGCUCCUGAGCAGCCAAGGGCUGUCCCUGGACCUAACUUUUGAUAUGUCUUGUAGUCUCCAACCAUCUGUCCCUUA